UCUCGCAGCGACCGUGUUUAUAACGAUAACACUGAAAAAUUUUCCCUCAGUGAAAUUGUUGGUGGCUUCUGGGAAGAUCUCGUUUCAACAAUUUCUGCAGCAUGAGAUAUCUUGUUAUCGUCGCAGUGUUCGGAAUUUUUAUUGUCAGUCUCACAGAAGGAUGCCAAGGAGGAUCCCGCAGAAAAAGAUCUGUUCCAACUGCCCCAGAAGUUGAUACAAAACUGGCAGCAUUUUUUGAUGAUUGCUUGCGGAGACCAGCUUCUGGUAUAUUUGAAUCACUGAGAAGUGUGGUCGACAGUGUCAUCAGAGACAGCGUUUGGUACAAAGAAGUUGAAGAUGAUGUUUGCUCUGGAAAUCGCGAUGUGGCGGAAUGUUGGAUUUAUACUCUUCCAUUUUUGAUGGAUACUGCCUCAACUCUAUAUCAACCAACAGCACAAUGUAUUUGUGACUGGGCUGGAACAUGUUGGGAACCACCGAAGCAUCCGCAGAAACGAUCAACACUAUACAGUUACAAAGAUACAAGAGAUACCCCACCACCAAGAAAACCAAAGCAAAAACCACUUUCGACUUCUCUUAAACAAUUUUCGCAGUGUGUGGACAAAAACGCGAAACCUUUCGUCAGGCAGUACCCGUCGUUAAGAAGAAUCAGUGGAAAAUCGAUUAGCAUAUUUUUGAGGGAUCAUUUUACAUUUUGUCGGUCAAUUCCCGAUUUUCCUUAUGAUCAACGAAAUCUUUUUGUACUGCUUUACAUUGACCGCGUAUGUCCAAAAAGCGGUCCAAAAUCCAGAUGGAGGUCUGACACAAUAGGGUUGUACAAGGAAUACUCAAGGCGAGACGGACCGCUGGUACGGAUUGUUCAACAAUGUCACAAACCAGCUGAUCCAUGUAAACCAAACCCGUGCAAAAAUCGAGGAAAAUGCAAAAAUGUUGGAUAUGAUUCAUACAAGUGCGACUGUUACUAUGGAUAUACCGGCAAGCAUUGUGAAUCAGAUCCCUAUUCUUACCGGGCUGGAGGAUAUAUCGAUGAUAAAGACUGCAUUGAUGAGGCCUCGUAUUGUCCCCUCUUCAAUACUUGCAAUCAAGGCAUCGAAAAAAUGUGUAGAAUGACUUGCGGACUGUGUUAGAGCACAUCUCACUGACGACACUGAAUCGUGUUUUAUUGAACACAAAGUGUACAUACAUUUGGAUCGCUUUGCUAAAAUGUUAUUUGAGCUGUUGUCGUUGUAAAAAUCCCUAUUUUCCGCAAAUAAUAGACCGAUGAGACCCAUUAUUUCAUACGGCAUCUCCCUUUUUGAUUUUAAUCCAUGAGAAUAGUUUUAUGUUAUUUGAUCAGAUUAAGGCAUUUUAGCAUUGCUAUUUCGUACUUUUUAUCAGAUGACCGUGGCCACAAACGAUAGUUUUCAGAAAUUGGUAUGUUCACAUUCGAAUAUCCAAUGAUGAUUCUUUUUAUGUUAAUGACAGAUUUUUUCAAAAUGGGUCUGUUUUGCUCUGUAAUUUAUUGUAGCGUACUAAAAUAGUAUUUUAUCUGUAAUAAUUAGUUAUUGCUAUUAAUUAUGACCGUUCCAACGUAGGCUUCGGCAUCUUUUGCAUUUUUAUCGGUGCGCCCGAAGUACUCGUACCAAGAUCGCGCACAACCUGAACAAUAGUAUGUGUAUCAGGUUAAGGUUGUGCGUCAUCUUAAUACUAUACUUCCGGAGCGCCAUUUUAUCUAUAUGGCAUGCUGAGUAUUAUGCUCAAUAAACUUCAGUGUCUGCUCUCGCAUGGAA